AUGAAGUCUGUUGCUUUUUUCUUUGCGCUCCUCGUCGCUGCCGCCAACGCAUUUGUCAUUGUUCCUCAGACUCAACAGAGAGUCCUUUUUGCUGCUGUCGACGAGGAGAUUGAUUAUGAUGCCCCCAUCGAACGCGCCUUUGCUGUUGGUAAUGUUGUUGAGAGCGAAAAAGUGAAAUUGAUGGGUGUCGAAGUGCCAGACUUCAUUUCCCGGGCUUUCAAUCUGCGAACUCCCAGUGGAGGUCCCUCGCUUCCCAUGGAUUUGGAUGAUGAAUGUUACCUUGGAAAGGACGGUGAUGCCGAGGACUGUGUCGAUUUUGACCCCUAG